AUUUCAAUUCCGUUACAAUUUCUCUAACGAAUUAAAUACGCCGACUGCGGAGGACUACAUACAUGAAAUCGAAGUUGUUAAAAGGCACACAACGUUACAAAGUUUUCCCUACGCGACAUUACAUCUUCUGUUGGUGACGUAGCUGUCUCGUCCUCCGUGUUCCUUGUAGGAUGGCAGCGCGGGAACUAUAGUAGCAGUGCAGAUGUAAUGGUAAAAGUUAUUGGAAAUAACACAAUCUAGCCAAACAAACGGUUAUGGAUUCCUCGGAGGUAGAGUUCCUCGCCGAGAAAGAGAUGGUGAAGAUAAUACCAAAUUUCAGUUUAGACAGGAUCUAUUUGAUUGGGGGCGACCUGGGUCCUUUCAACCCCGGCCUGCCUGUAGAUGUUCCUGUGUGGCUGGCCCUCAACUUGAAACAGAGACAGAAAUGUAGAGUUGUUCCUCCUGCGUGGAUGGAUGUUGAGAAACUGGAGGAGAUGCGAGAGCUUGAAAGGAAAGAGGAAACCUUUACGCCUGUUCCCAGUCCUUACUACAUGGAGCUGACAAAACUGCUACUGAACCAUGCGUCUGACAACAUCCCCAAAGCAGAUGAGAUCCGCACGCUGGUCAAAGACAUCUGGGACACACGGAUUGCCAAACUCCGCCUCUCCGCCGAUAGCUUCAUCAGUCAGCUGGAGGCUCAUGCCAAGCUGGACAACCUGACUCUGAUGGAGAUCAACACCAUACGAGCGUUCCUGCUUGACUCUCUCAACUGCAUGUACAAACUACGUUCCAAUCUGCAGCCUGGUUCAAGCAAGGGACAGUUCACGGAUUACUGAUUCACAAGA